AUCGAUCAUUGUCUCCAGUCUCCACCUGGGUGCACACUUAUGCAAAACUCCAAACCACCAGGAAAGUCUGUGGAUUGAUAAAUGUUGGCAGACAGGACCACGCCUUCACAGUCACGGCUGCCGUUUCCUGCUUUGCUUGCUCUUUCUCGAAGGUGUGCAAAGGUCAGGAGCGAGUUGUAGUGAUCUACAGCGCCUUCCAAGGAGCCCUCAUUCGAGCACCCAAGUCAAGCACUGCAGCGAGCGAAAACGAACACACCUCGGCGUCAUGUCGAAUUAUCUCAACAAAUUCAAAGACGCCGCGCAUAAGGCUGGCGUGCAGGCCACUGCAUUCGCGCAGCAAACCUCGCGUCAGCUGAGUGAGCAGGCCAAAUUGGCUCAAGCUGGAUUCUCGCUUCCAAAGGAAUGCGACAAGGCAUCCAAAAUCCUCCAAAGCUUCCUCGCCGACCCGGAGCACCCUGACUCUGCCCUCAACGCCAUUCCCAAAGCGGUGUUGCAACAGGCAAAAGGGCUUGCUGUGUUCAGCGUGAUCAAAGCUGGUUUCAUCUGGUCCGGGAAAGCAGGCAGCGGAGUCGUUACCGCAAGACUGCCAGACGGAACAUGGUCAGCGCCAUCGUGUAUCGCCACUGGUGGCGUGGGUUUUGGCUUCCAAAUUGGCGCCGACAUUUCUGAUUUCGUCGUUGUUAUGAACAGCGAAGAUGCUGUCCGCUCUUUCGGUAUGGCAGGAAACUUGACACUUGGAGGGUCAUUGUCCGCUACCGCUGGCCCAAUCGGCACGGGUGGCGCGGUGCAAGCAGCAGUCGCGCAUCCUGCUCCCAUGUUUUCCUAUAGCAGGAGCAAAGGCCUCUUCGCUGGAAUCAGUCUCGAAGGUGUCGUCCUUGUGGAAAGAAAAGAUGCGAACCGCGAGUUCUACGGCCAAGCCAUCCCGGCGAGGGACUUGCUCGCUGGUAAGGUCCCUCCGCCAGAAGCAGCGAGUGCUAUGUACGAGGUCAUCGAAGCGGCCGAGCAAAUCGAUGAAUCAGGCGUACCGCAGCAGGCAUAUGUACCGGGAGCCCCCUCUUCAGAAGGCUACACUGUCGGCGGUAGUCAACGUGCAAGCGCGCUCAACGGUUCAGAACGUCCCAUCUUUGAUGCAAGCGCCCACACAACGUAAUCUCAGGCUAAAUGAUUCCUUAUUUCUCAGCCGUUUCCUUGCUUUCAGCUCCACAUGCCUUUGUAAUACUCCUACGAGUAAUCCGCACACGUCGUUGGGCAGCCACGCCUCGACGAGGUCGGACUUUGGAGGUUGCCUUCUUC